GACGGUGAAGGAGGUGAUUUUGUCAAUAAUUAUGGCUUUCACAUGUCCAAGCUUCUUUUAUAAAUACUCAACGUAAGGUGAAUAGGAAAAGCAUCCGAAAACAAGAAAACAGAGAGAGAACGAGAGAAGAUAAGAAGAAGAGAAAAAAAAAAUCUCACAAAAAAUUAUUCUUUAAGAAAUUACGAGUAAUUUCUGAGUGUAUUUGGGAUCGGGGUGUGAGGUGUGAGCUUGUAAAAUUUCCCUGGUUGAUAAUAAAAGAUCUGUAGCAGGUCUGGAGACGUAUGCAACUUUGGCCGAACUCCGUUAACAAUUUUGUGUGUGUGCUCUUUUCCCGCUCUCAUAAAUUCUGGUUUUCCGCAAAAUUUGACCGCAUAUUUUCUAACACGCCAUUCUCGACGGUUGUCCUCACCUGGAACACCUAGACUUGCGCAAGUGUUUCAACGUAAGACUUGAAGGGGAUCUGGAGAAGAGAUGCUCCGAGAGGAUCAAAGAGUUGAAACGCCCGGAUGACUCAACCGCUGAUCACCCAUAUGGAUUUAACAUUGGGGAUUUAUUAGGCCCUAACAACUAUUAUUAUUAUUAUUUUUUUUUGCUAACCGAGUAUCCUGGCCCUACCGAGGUAGUCUAGACUAGAGACCGAAGUGAGCAUGGACGCUGCCAGGGCGUCACCAUGUGCCUCACCGUGUAACGGUCUUCGGUCUUGGGUGCUGCAUCCCACAUGUAAAUUCCGCAGUGGCCAAGGCUCGAACCCAGGGGCGGGCACUCCAGCUGGAGCUCCUAUACCACUAGACCAAAGCAACUUGGUUCCAACAACUAUUAUUGGGAUGACUUAAGCGCUGGUUACCCAUAUGGAGCUAACGUCUAUGAUUUAUCAGACUGCAGCGAUGAUUAUUCGGAUGAGUUCUACUAAGUCUACUAGUUACUGAACAAUGCAGAGGCACAUGUGGUUUUCGCUUGCCUUGUUCAGAUUCCUCUGUUCUCUCUGUUUAGGAGUCUCUUUAACUCUCGUUUGAAUAAUGUGAUGAUGCUUUUCUUUUUCAUUGGUGCCAAGGAGUUGUUCUAAACGGUAUUUAAUUUAAUGGAUCUCUUCUGAUGAAUGCACUUGUGAACUUUGUGUUACUCGUACUUGGAAUGUUUUCAUUGCUGAGUUAGGAGUCAAUUUGUUGAACCAGUGGUUUUGAUAAUCAAGUAUUAAAAACAUUGGUUGGAUUCGCUUCAGGUUAUUGGUAUGCUUGGAAAUUAUAUUUUGCAUCUUAUUGAUCUUCUUCUCCAAGUUCUCCUCUAAGAUCGUUUCUAACUUUUACACAACUAUCUGCAGCUCAAGUAACAUGAGAAGCCUUAAACUUGCAAUGUGCUAUCCUAUAACAGACUCUAGAUUUUUCCAAAGCAGUUGUGCUUACUCAGGCUCGGCUCAUCAAAAUUUUAGGCCUUGUGCUAAUUAAAAUUUGUUUCUAUCAAAUUAUAAUUGUAUUAUCCUAUAUUAGAAAAUUAGGACCCUAAUGUUUAUUUUCUUUUAACAAAAGCACCCUCGGCCCAUGUACGCACUGUGCUUACUUGCGCUAUUACAUCGAGAGUGAGGAUGAUGCUCUGGUGGAUACGCAUGUGAAAAUCUUUAGAUGUUCCUAGUUUCAAUGAACUUGUGUGCUUGUGUUAUGUGCCGACCUUGGUACUUACUAGUAUGUCUUUUCAGGUUUGCAAGAUUUUUGUCUUUCUUCAAUAACUACACCCAAGAAAAGUUUAAUGGGUUAUUGUUUCGUCUUUCUUCGACUAUAUGAUAUCUUGAUUUGAAAGUUAACAUGCCGCCCAAGCCCUAAUGUUAGAUUGCCCUAAAAUGUAAUACCAUGAAAAAAGUAUGGUCAUUAUUAAUAAGUGAUGGAUACUAAAUGUUUUGAACGUUGAAAGUUGAAACUGCUUCACUCUCUUAUUUAAAUGGACUAGAGACAAUCUGACCGGUAAAAGUAAAUGGUCCGUCUCUUCCUCUUAGCCGUUGUCAUCUUUCUUGGGACCAAUAUGGUCAUUGAGUGAUGGUGAUGUCUACGAAAAGUUUUGUAACUUGAAACCAAUACCCUUUAAAUAGAUGGACUUGAGACUACUUCGAUUAUCAGAGAAAAAUGGCUUCUUCCUCUUCGUCUUUGAUACCGGUGAUGAAAGACAGAGAGUGUAGAAGCUGGUCGGAGCUGCCCUAUGAAUUAACGUCAUCCAUCCUGCGCAGGCUCGACUACACUGACAUAUUGGUAAACGCACAGAGAGUGUGUACAUCAUGGCGUCGCGUCUGUAAAGACCCUGCCAUGUGGCGCAAGAUUGAUAUGCGUGACCUAGGAAAAUUUCGGUACCUCAAAUAUGCAAGAUAUCACCGUCACAUUCUCGAUCUUAGCCAAGGAGGCUUGGUUGAGCUUGACAUGUGGUAUAUCGGUUCUGAUUCUCUCCUCGACUAUAUCGCCGAUAGGUUCGCUCUCUCCAAUUUCUUUUGUGAAUAUGUUUACUUUUCUUCAGUUUUUAACUUUUUACACGCAAUUACUUGUAGGUCAAGUAACCUGAGAAGCCUUAAACUUGACUUAAUCUCUAUGAUAACAACUGAUGGACUUACAGAAGCGCUUGGGAAGCUUCCAUUGCUUGAAGAACUCGAGCUCUCGCGCUACACAUUGUCUGGAGAUUCUCUGAGAGUUGUAGGCCAGUCUUGUCCUAAACUGAAGACACUGAAGUUACACUCCCUUAAGAUCCGGCCUCCUGGUUACGGGUACGGGUACGAUGAUGAUGCUCUGGCCAUCUCUGAAACAUUGCAUGGACUUCGCUUCCUCCUGCUUUUUGGAAACUGUUUGACAAAGGUCGGUUUAAAUGCCAUUCUCGAUAAUUGUCCUGAUUUGGAGCAUCUUGAUUUGCGUCUCUGUUUCAACUUUAAACUUGUCGGGGAUCUGGAGAAGCGGUGUUCUGAGAGGAUCAAAGUUUUGAGACGACCUUUUGACUCUCCUGAGUGCCCAUAUGAUGAGAGGGAGAUCCAUGCUGAUAUAUCUGACGAUGAGGUCCCUUUCGUGCCAGAUGUUAAUUCUUACGAUAUCUUCGAAAGUGACAGUGACUACUCUGACAGCGAUUAAGACAACCCGCUGAUGAAAUAUGUUUUCGAGAUGCAUUGUCUUCGUUCGUUAUCUCUUCACUGUGGUUUCUGUGGACUUUCUUGUCUAAUAGCAUGCGUCAUUUGCUUUUGCAGAACUCUUAUUUUUU